AUGGCAGCAGACCGUCUGAACAACAUCCUCAGCCACCUGAAACCGUCCGGAACCGGCGGACUUUCUGCCAUCACCCAGAAGAACCCCGACGAUGUGGUCAUCACUCUCGCGCUCCGGACGCCGCUGACCAAGGCCGUCAAGGGCAGUUUCAAGGAUACCGAGCUGGACUACCUGAUCUACGCCUUGCUGAAGGAGGUGCUUGCCAAAUCGAAGAUCGAUCCCAGUCUGAUCGAGGAUGUCUGCUUGGGGAAUGUCAACGACGGCAAAGCGGCCUACCUCGUGCGCGCGGCCUCGCUAGCCGCCGGAAUCCCGCACACGGCGGGGGGCUCCUCGGUGAACCGAUUCUGCUCGUCGGGGCUGAAAGCGGUGCAGGACAUCGCGAACCAGAUCCAGCUGGGGGCGAUCGACGUCGGGGUGGCGGUGGGGGCGGAGCUGAUGUCGGCGCCGAGCGGGGACCGGAUCCCCAAGCCGUUUCACGCGGAGGUCAUGCGGCACCAGGAGGCGGCCGACUGCAUGCAGCCGAUGGGCCAGACGUCGGAGAACGUCGGGGCGGACUUUAACAUCUCGCGCGAGGAGCAGGACGCGUACGCGGCAGAGUCGUUCCGGCGGGCCGAGGCGGCGCAGAAGGCCGGGUGGUUCGACGAGGAGAUCGUGCCCGUCACCACGCAGGUCAAAGACCCCAAGACAGGGGAGGUCAAGACGGUGACCGUGACGCGGGACGAAGGCGUGCGCUACGGCACGACCAAGGAGAGCCUGGCCAAGAUUCGGCCGGCGUUCCCGCAGUUUGGGGAUCGGAGUACCGGCGGCAACUCGAGCCAGGUGACGGAUGGCGCGGCGGCGGUGCUGCUGAUGCGCCGGUCCAAGGCGAUCGAGUUGAAUCAGCCCAUCCUGGCCAAGUUCUGCGGCGCCACGGUGGCCGGCGUGCCGCCGCGGGUGAUGGGGAUCGGGCCGACGGCGGCGAUCCCCAAGCUGCUGGCGCAGUUUGGGCUGGCCAAGGAGGAGGUCGAGCUGUAUGAGAUCAACGAGGCGUUCGCGUCGAUGGCCGUCUACUGUCUCCGGAAUCUGGGGCUGGAGCACGAGAAGGUCAACCCCCGGGGCGGCGCGAUUGCGCUGGGCCACCCGCUCGGAGCGACGGGGGCGAGACAGAUCUGUACGAUUCUGAGCGAGGCGCGCCGCACCAAGAAAAGGGUCUUGGUGACGAGUAUGUGCAUUGGGACUGGCCAGGGGAUGGCGGGGUUGUUUGUCAAUGAACAGGUUUGA